AUGGCAAAUGGCAGCGAAGGGCCCGGUUGCCUGCGUGUGACAGCUUCAGGACAGGUCAAUCGGCAUACGAGGCAGACAAAAUCAUCGUCUCAACAAGCUUCCCAGCAGGCCCCUCAGCACGCACGCCAACAUGACUCUCGACGGACUCCCCCGCAAGCUCCUCGAGAGGCUUUCCAGCAGGCUCGUCAGCAACCGUAUAGAAGGACUGAUACGGUCUCAAAUAACAAACCAGUACCUGCAAGCACAAAAGAUGGCCCGCAAGAACCUUGGGCUGGUUCGGCUAAAGAAAUCACCCUUCCAGCUAGAGGAAUGAGACAACGAUCUUCUGGAAGCGCUGUCAAUCCAAGUGAGGCAAUACCAAGAGAAGGGGCCCGACGGCCACCGAUAGGCGCAAGAGGGAAGAGUGGGUCAUCAAGCACUAAUUCGGCAGGUGAACCCUUUGGGAAAGUGACAUUAGAUAUUAUUCCCGAGUCCUCUUUGUCGACUCCACUGUGUAGGCCAUCGAUGCGGCCUUCAACAAGACCAUCUGAUGGAGCAAAGCUGCAAGAUAUAGCCGCACCCAACCAGCCUCCUCCCGAUACAGGCGGAGUUAUCGAAGCUUCAGGACGGGCCUGUCUUGGCUCAAAGCCACAUGACUUGACACAGCCACCCCGUGGGCCACCAUCAGCUACCGGUUCAUCAGCAAAACCAUCCCUUGGCUCGAGUCCGUCUCCUGGCUCAAGCCUAGAUGAUAGGGUCGCAGGUCCGCCCUUUGAACCCGAUGCACCUGCUGGACCUGCUGGACCUUGGGUAGGCUUUUCCGAUGUACCCGACGCAACUGCUGGACGCAAGGUGCGCCUCUCUAUUGAGACAGAAUUCUAUCUUGCUACGCAAAGUAAUCAGGAGCAUUUAAGCAAUUGGUCGGAGGUUGCAAGCAUUCUUAUGGAUGACUACAAUCGGCAGAUGGGCGUUGAGCAUCCUCGAAUAGAAGUUAGUAUUAUAUCAGCUUUGGAACAUGGUUAUCAAGGGUGGUAUAUUGACCAUGAUCCCUUAUGUUCUGAACAUGAGUUGAGAGAAAAUAAUCACAUUUGGUGGCGAUUGAAGAUGAUAUCACCAGCAUUUGAUAUUGUUCCCCAUUCACCAUGGAAACAUCAUAUAAGAGCGGUCUGGAAAUUCCUCUGCGACAAUUACAGGAUCGCCAAUCGCGACGGCCUUUACACUCGUAUCCGCGUUUCACUUGAUCCAAAAUACACCCUGACAGAGCUGAAGCGGAUUGCUUCCUCCGUCAUUCACUUCGAGACAGCAAUUGAGCCUUUGCAGCCGGAAAACACCAACGACCCGGAUGAAGCCCGAAGUAUUUGGCUUCAUAGCUGGCCCUUUGCACCAUUCCGCAGAAGUCGAUCUGCCUCCAUCAGCUACAUCGACGAAUGUUUCACGUGGCCAGAGUUUCGGGACAAGAUAAAUGGUGUUGCGAUAGGUGAAUAUGCCUGGAAUUUUUGGGAUGCCUGUCCAGAUGGGUUACUCGAAUUCCGCAAAGCUCCACCGUGCUUACGGCCGCCACAGGUCUUCAGCUGGGCCGAGCUCACCAUGGCCUUCAUCCUAGCCGCUAUCCGAUAUGGAUCUCCUGAGUAUCUGCGCGGCUGCCUGCAUAACGUUGGGUCUCUGAAAGAUUUCGUCGGUCGAGUCGACAUACCAGGUGAUGGCCCUCAUCACCUGGACCGAAUCUGGGAGGGUAUAAGUCUGAACGCUGCUCGUGAACCUAUGAUGCGUACGGAUGACUAUACUGAAGUUGACGAGGAUGAACUCGAGCCCGAGCUGGCAUGGCGCCAUUGGGUGCGGCUCAGAGAAAUGGUCGAACAGGAUGCGCAGCAGUGUGCGGCUUCGGUGCCGCAGGUCCUUCGGAAUUAUUUGAACAACUUUAGUACAUCUGCGUAG